UUGGACUCUAAAAUUCUAAACGCUCAAUUUCUUCCACUAGAAACUGCGAGGAAAGCAGCUAAUGAGCUCUUAAAAGGAAAUUUUUCCAGAUAAACUCUGUCCUGCUAUACUUCAGGAAUCAUUCAUCAUGCCAAUUCUGAUUGAGUUGCUGAUAAUUCUGAUCUCAACCUUGACCCUGCUAACGGCCAUCUCUCUCUACCGAUCACACAAGUCCAAAGACCAUCGUGAUGCGCCUGAAGCCAAAGGUGGUUGGCCUAUUUUCGGCCACCUUCCUCUGUUCGGCAGUAAGGACCUGAUGCACAAAAAGUUGGGUUCCAUGGCCGAAAAGUACGGACCAAUUUUUGCCAUAAGGUUAGGCUCUCAUCGAGCAAUCGUGGUGAGCAGUUGGGAAGUAGCUAAGGAGUGUCUCACCGUCCAUGACAAGGCCUUCGCCGAUCGGCCGUUGAUCACCGCCACGAGGCUCAUGGGCUACAACGGUGCCAUGUUCGGCUUCGGUCCUUACGGAGAAUACUGGCGAGAGAUGCGCAAGAUUGCGAUGAUUGAGCUCCUCUCGAACCACCGGCUUGACUCACUGAAGCACAUACGAGUUCUUGAGGUCGAGACCGCAAUAAAAGACUUGUUCAAGGCCUGGAUCGAAAAGGGCAAGCCCAGAAGUGGGGUCUUAGUGGAAAUGAAGUCUUGGUUAGCAGACCUGAUGCUCAAUAUAUCGGUGAAAAUGGUAGGAGGGAAGAGAUACAGUGGUUCAAACGCAGACUGUGAUGACACCGAGGCAAAUAGGUGCAAAAGGUCAAUUAAGAGGUUUUUCGAUCUGUUCGGGGUCCUCGUGUUGUCAGAUGCGAUCCCAGCUCUUGGUUGGUUGGACUUAGGUGGCUAUAAACGAUCGAUGGAUGAGACCGCAAAAGAGUUGGAUGUAUUGGCUCAGGGGUGGCUAGAGGAUCAUAGAAGGAAGAGGCUGUCCUGCCCCGAUGGCGAUAGAGAGCAAGAUUUCAUGGAUUUGAUGAUGAACGUCCUCGAAGGUGGGAAUUUUCCAGAUUUCGACGCCGAUACAGUUAUUAAGGCAACUUGUUUGAACAUGAUAAUAGGGGGGACCGACACUUUGACGGUGGCGCUCACUUGGGCGCUAUCGCUGCUAAUGAACAACCGCCGUGCUUUGAAGAAGGCACAACAAGAGCUGGACACCCAUGUCGGCAAGAGUAGGCCCGUGGAAGAGUCUGAUGUGAAGAACUUGACCUACCUCCAAGCCAUCGUCAAGGAAACAAUGCGUUUGUAUCCACCGGCGCCAAUGAGCGGUCCUAGAAGGUCCAUGGAAGAGUGCACCCUAUCCGCUGGCUUCCGCAUUCCUGCAGCUCUUAUACCCUGUGAUUGGUUAGGUACGCGAUUGCUGUUGAACAUCUGGAAAAUACAGAGGGACGAGCGCAUAUGGCCCAACCCGGACGAGUUCGAGCCCGAGAGGUUCCUCACAACGCAUGAGAAUGUGGACAUGAGAGGUCAUAACUUCGAGCUCAUCCCCUUCGGUGCGGGGAGGAGAUCCUGCCCCGGAACGUCACUGGCUCUUCACACAGUGCACUUGACGCUGGCUAGCUUGCUGCAGAGUUUCGAAAUCAGCACAGUCUCGGACGAAGUCAUGGACAUGACCGAGAGCCCCGGCUUGCUGAAUAUGAAGGCGAGCCCGCUUGAAGUUAUGCUAAUUCCACGCCUAGAUCAAAAAGUUUAUCAGAGAGGCGAGUAGGAGAACAUGUAAUCUUUUGUCUAUAGUUAGUACCUCACUAUGAGGAGAUCCUGAAGCUCCAUUUUCUCUUGAAAAGCAAACUUGAAUGCA